AUGGGAGAUUUCAAUCUCCCGUCCAUCGAUUUUGCGGCCCACAACGUCGCCGGUCUAGCGGAGUCCAUGCAGACCCGCUUUCUUUGGCAAUGGACCGAACUAGGACUAGUGGAGCACGUGCAACGACCCAUCAGGUUGAAUUCCGAAGGAGUCUCAUCCAUGCUCGAUUACGUCCUUGCUAACGAUCCGCUGCUAGUGGACGAUAUAGAGAUACUGAAUCCACUAGGAAAAAGGGACCAUGCUAUGAUCAUCUUCAAGUUCCUAGUGUGCACCACUAAAAAGCUUGGCCAGUUACUCUCAAGGCGGAACGUCUACACGGUAGAUUAUGAGGAAUUUAACAAAGCUUUAGCAGCACCCCCCGGGACGGAACAACCAGGUGAGGCGUCAGCUGAUGACUUAUAG